GAGGCCCGCGCCGGCUCCACUUGAUCAAUACACAUUACCUAAUAGGUAAUCUAAAAUACUGAAAAAAAUACGUACAAAAUUAUGCAUUUAUAAACAAGCUAGUGAAAGUUUUGAAGAAGCAGUUUAAGUUAAUAGUUCUCAUUUAAAGUAUGUGUAAGCACGUGGUACUAAUUCCCAUGAAGACAGUCGAUACAGCGAUGCAGAAGAAGUCGUGCAAGCCGGCCAUGUUCGGGCGCGCGUGGCUGGCGACGCGGCGGGCGCUGAGUCUGGAGCACCCCGCGCCGCACCAGUUCGCUUGCUACCAAUGGCAGCGGGGGCCGCGCCCGCCACUUGGCUAUGUUAUCUACAGAUGGGUGCUGUUUCUGGGCGUGCUGUGCGUGGGAGUGAGCAGCUUCGCGCUGCAGCACCUGCCGCCGGGCUACGCGGGGCCGGUGGCGCGCGUCAACUACAUGAAGUGGUUCAUCUACCUCACCAACUGGGGCUACCUGGUGCUGGUGCUGCAGAGCGGGCUGGCGCUAGCACUGGCGCAGCGCGGGCGCGCCGAGCGCUCCCUCCACCUCGCCAACGAAGAGGACAACAGUGGCAUGCUGCGCCGGCGCCGCACGCCGCUGCUGUGCCGCGUCUACUGGAUGAGCCACACCGUGGCCACCGACCUGGCGCUCGUCAUCACGCUCGUCUACUGGACCCUGGUGCAUGACCCUAAGAUCCACGAGGUGAACGCCCUCAACCUGCUGGUCCACGGCGGCAACUCCGUCAUCAUAGUGGUGGAGCUGGCGGUGACGUCACACCCGGUGCGCAUGGCGCAUGCGCUGUACGGCGCCGGCGCAGGGCUGUUGUACGGAGUCUUCAGCGCGCUGUACUGGGCGCUGGGGGGCACUGACCGGCUGGGGGCCAGGGCUAUAUACCCCUCGCUCGAUUGGAGUCGACCUGGUGUGGCGAUAGGCUUCGUGUGCCUGUGCGCGGUGGUGCUGGUGACGGCGCACGCGCUGGCGGCGGCGCUGGCCGGGCUCCGGACCCGGGUCGCCGCGCGCCUGCUGCCCGCCCCCCGUGAGCCCUUCGCGCUGCCGCACCACUGAUACAAGACAUUCUAGAACCAGAAGUACCUCCAAGACUGGAUUGUGAGCGCCUGUGUGUUUAAUAUAGCAAUGUGAGCGCCUACACAUUGUAUGUAGCAAUGUGUGUAGUGGAUGCUGUUGCGGCGAAGGCAGAGAUACAAUUGUGCUUUUUUGGGGUUUUUAGGUAUGUGCUGUAGUCAAACCUCUGAACUUAACGUUCUGUCAGAUGUUAAGCACAACCAAGACGCAUACAUAGAUGUUACUCCACCCGAAUUGAUGCAACCAUCGAAGCGAAAAUAAAGCAGCCAUAUUGCAGCUAGUGCAGUGGUUUGCCUCAACCUGUAAGAUCACCAUUGUGUCUAUUUACAAUAAGUUGACACUUUUUUUUUGCUUCUGUAAGCAUGUAUUUAAUUAGAUACUUUUAAAAAGUGUAUGUAGAGCAAUUAUUCGUAAGACGUAAGUAUUUAAAUUAUUCACUGUAAAAUCAAAAUCCAUUGAGAUUUACCUACCAAAUAUCAUACUUUUGGGGUAGACACAGCUAAUGAGUAAAUAUAUGAACCUAUUAUAGGUACUACACAAAUGUUACAUGCGCUUUCUCGACUGAUUACUCGUAUUAGACAUACAUAUAGGUAUUAUAGGUACUAGAGUUCAAUAGAGGCUAUUAUCCAUAAAGUGUCAACGUCGGUAUACAUUUUUAUUCCAAUGUAGGUAGUGACCAUGAGUAGCUAAGGUGUUUGGGUCAACGCUAAUAGGUAUUUCUUUCCAUAAAAUACAGACACAGACUUUUCGUGUGCCCACGCUCUAGUCACCCCAUGCUGCCCGGAUGACCCACAUUUAGAGAUACACAUACAUGGAGAUACAUCAAUUCCCCUUAUUAAAAACAAAACAAGUUUCAAGACCACUACCUACAAAUUUGUCAAAACUGAAAAAUCGGUGUUUGGAACGCAUACCGUCACAGUUUGAGGCUAAUGGCCAAUAGUUACACACAAUACAACACACAACUAUCUGUCGAUAGAUGGUAUUUACUCACAUUACAUUACAUACAAUACAACUGUCAAAUUGCUAAUAAUAACACUCGGCGUACGUAGCUUUCGUUGGAUGAUUCGUUGAGAAAUUAAAAAGGAGCCAAGGGUUAAUGUAAUGAGUAGUAUAAUAUAAUAUAAUUACUUAAAGUAAUCACAGGCAAUGAAAAAGUUCCAGUGACUCUCAUUCGUUUGUUUUUCGUCAGUAUAGUACUCUACUGACGAAAAACAAACGAACCCUCAGUUCAUUGAUACUUUUGAUGUUUUUUGUAUGAAUUUGAUCAACUGUUUGUUUUGAUUAAGUUUGUAAGUAUAUUCUAAAUGUUCAUGAACUGUAUGUGUGUUUGGUAUGUUUGUAUUCGUGAUAUAUCUUCACAAAUACUUAUUGCAUUUGAUCAAUUAACUUCUUAUUAGGAAUUAUUGAGCACAAUGGGGUGCAAAAAGGCUCCUUUACCUUUACUAGGCAAAUACUACAUGCUAACAUACUAGUACUUAGAAAUGUCGUCAACGGUAUCCUUAUUCCUUAAGCUCUUUUUCAGUCAAAUAUUAUUAUGGAAAAAUAUAGAUUUGGCAAAGUAAUAUAAACAACAAAAAUAAGUGUUUUACUAUUGAUAAGUUACUAAAUAAGAACUUUUAUUUUUUAACGAAACGUAGGUUUAAUUUGGUACUCUUACCUUGUAUAAAAGUGGCUGUUCUAGAAAGUAUAUAAAAAUAUUUAAGAAUGAUUAUUGUUUUGGUAGGACGAAGUUUUAAAAUAAGUUUAAAGGAACUUGUUUAUUUAUAGACAUACGCUAAGCAUUUCUAUCGAUGGAUUUCUAGGUAAGUAAUCGUGUAGUCUACGAACAUAAUAUACCUUACAGCAUUGUAAACCAAAAAACUUGUAUUUAGGAAUUCCGUAUGUUGUGAUAUUUUGUGAUCGGAAGAUAAGAUAUAAAUAAUGAAUUAGUAAAUAAUAAUCUUACCUUUUUAAAUUAAACAUUCCGUAAAUCACUGUCAAAACUUACUUAAUUUGUUUAAAAUACUCAGUAGGAAGAUAAUCCUAAUCAUUUAUUUAUGUUUUAGGAUCGACAGCUAAAGUUGCUCUACUCCCAGAAUUUUUCAGCCAUUGCUUGAAUUUAUACAUGGGAGUCGGUGUGCUAGUGUGUGAACAUCCGAGCAAAUUGAAGUGCUCGCGAAUCAUAUAACAAUUAACAUAAAUAAACCAGGAGGCUAAUUUCUUGUUAAUUUACCUAUGUGGAAAGAAUACACCAGAUUAAUAUUACAGAGCUAUUUAAAAUGUCCUCACAGGUUGCACUUUGUUUAUACGUAGGUAUAAUACCUAAUUCAUAUUACGGUGUACACGUUGUGAAGCAUGAAAUGUCCAAAGAUUUAAAACCGUAUGUUCCUAGCCUAUUUGUAGGAAGUAUUUGAUCUGUGAUUUUUCAUUUUAAACUAAGAAAAGUGUAUACCAUUGCAUAUCUUAUAAAGCAAUAUUAACACUGAUAAGCAAUUAUUUGUAGAUAAAAACCUGCCUACCUAUAAUUUUUCUGUAUGUCACCAGUCACUUUGUAUUUGUAUUAAUGUUAUUAAACCAUUAUGAUUAUUAUAAUGAAAUAUAUAAU